GGGAAUUGGAAACCUUCACAGAAAACAUAGGCAGACAAUUUCGUGUAUACAUUAUCAUGCGCCUGUCAGUAAAAAUGGGAAUCUGUCGCCAUCUUGCGGCGCAUCUUGGUGAGGGCUGACGUAGCAGCGGGAUCUAAAAUGGCGCCUGGACGAACAAACGGGAGAUGGUGUCGGACGGUUUUAAACUGUAACAAAACAACCGGUGAGCUGUCAUUAUUCAGUGACACAUCACUUGUUUUGUGACUACGAUGGAGGGUGGACUCUUCUCCACCGACCUCACUCGCAGGGGCCAGUUGGAGGUGGUGGAGGUGACGAAGAGUAUUAUUCAGCUGAACCAACCGGAGUUAACGGAACAAAGUGGACAGGAGCAAGACACAGAUCUGCUGGGCACCACCGAUGAGCACUGGGAGGACAAGGAUGGUUGGGCGGUGGAACACCCCACUCUUCGAGAGAGGAACGCUCUGAUGUUCAACAAUGAGCAGAUGGCUGAUGUUCACUUUAUUGUUGGCAGUCCAGGAGAAACUCAGAGAGUUCCUGCUCACAAGUAUGUCCUGGCAGUGGGCAGCUCUGUGUUUGGAGCCAUGUUUUAUGGAGAUCUGGCUGAGGGACAGUCUGAAAUCCACAUCCCAGAUGUUGAGCCAGCUGCCUUCCUCAUUUUGUUAAAGUACAUGUACAGCGAUGAGAUUGACCUGGAGCCCGACACUGUGCUCACCACGCUUUAUGCUGCUAAGAAGUACAUUGUCCCUGCUCUAGCGAAGGCCUGCGUGACUUUCCUGGAGACAAGUUUAGAAGCAAAGAAUGCCUGUGUCCUGCUGUCUCAGAGUCGGCUGUUUGAGGAGCCAGAACUGACACAGCGUUGCUGGGAGGUGAUUGAUGCUCAGGCUGAGCUAGCUCUGCGAUCCGAAGGCUUCUGCGAGAUCGACCUGCCCACGCUAGAGAUCAUACUACAAAGAGAAACUCUUAACAUCUGUGAAGUUGUAGUCUUCCAGAUGGUGCUGAGUUGGGCAGCGGCUGAGUGUAGACGGCAGGGCCUUGUGGUCACUCCUAGGAACCAGCGAGCUGUGCUGGGUAAGGCUUUGUACUUGGUACGAAUCCCCUCCAUGACACUUCAGGAGUUUGCUGAUGGGGUUGCACAGUCAGACGUAUUGACACUAAAAGAGACAAAUGACAUCUUCCUGUGGUACACUGCUACGAAAAAACCCCGGCUAGAGUUUUCUGCAGUGAAACGGGCUGGAUUGGCACCGUGGAGGUGUCAUCGCUUUCAGUCCUCUGCCUACCGCAGCAAUCAGUGGCGCUACAGGGGGCGCUGUGACAGUAUACAGUUUGCAGUAGACCGGCGGAUUUUCAUUGCUGGUCUUGGUCUGUAUGGGUCAAGUGGUGGUAAGGCUGAGUACAGCGUGAAAAUUGAACUGAAGAAACAGGGAACCAUUUUGGCCCAGCAUCUCACUAAAUUCCUGUCAGAUGGAUCAAGCAGCAUCUUCCCAGUGUGGUUUGAGCAUCCAGUUAAAGUCGAACCAGACACCUUCUAUACUGUGAGCGCCAUCUUGGAUGGAAACGAGCUGAGUUACUUUGGUCAGGAGGGCAUGACCGAGGUGCAGUGUGGGAAAGUGACCCUCCAGUUCCAAUGUUCAUCAGACAGUACCAAUGGGACUGGUGUGCAGGGGGGGCAGAUCCCUGAAUUAGUUUUCUACUGCUGAAGCAGAAGUCGAUGGGCUGAAGAACACAAGGUCUUUGUGUCCGUCCAUCAUAAUUUGACUGACUCUAGUGAACUGGAGGCUGAUUGGCUAUCUGGCUUUUCAAUCAACUCAUAUUUAAGUGAGUUAAGGUAAAAUGAGUUUCUUUUGAAGGAAAUGUAUGUUUUUUUUUCAUCCAUGUAUUGUCUGAUGCAUUACAAAAAGCCUAAUUUCACGGCUUUAAUCCUUAAACUGUAGAUGAAAGGGGUUAAUGGUAAGUCUAGUCCUCUCUACAAGAGGGCAUUAGGUGUUUGAAAGAUAGUUAUUUUGGAUGUACAUCUGGUCUGGGUCCAAAUCGAAGUGAUCAAACUGUGAGAAGUCAUUUCACACCCGGUGGCCCAUGAUGCUGGAUCAUGGUGGUUUUACUGCUAUGAACCUUGCAGUCACACAAUAAAACGCUUUGCUGUAUUGAGCACGUUGACAUCAUUGACUAGAGUUAGGUUUAGUUUCUUGUCUCGACCAGAAACCAGUUUGCCCAUUACAUCUUAGCAGGAAGAGGGUUUCUAUGCCUGCUUUCCAAUUUAUACCUAAAUUAAAAUGCAAAGAUGCAUUUCUUACCAAUAGCAGGAGCAUUGAUGCAGAGCUCCCGUGCCAACAGCAGGAAUGUCUUUCCCAGGAUAUAAACGUUCACCUGAGUGCAGAAAAAUGUGGGUUACUCCUGAGAACUCCACUUAGAAUCUGCAGUGUUUUCUGCACGUUUGAGGUCUGUCAUACCUGCAGCAGGUCACUCAGGUCCAGAAGCAUGUCUGAAACACGGUUCAGGAAACAAAACCUCUGUGGCUUUCAGUGGUCACUGUGAUAAUCUAGCUAGUUUGAUUAACAUAAAACGUGUAGUUGCUAGGAUACGUGGUGUCCCCUCAGUGCGACACACCAGAUAGAGACAUGCAGCAAUGACGUGCUCCAUCUUCCGACCACGUGUCAGAUGUUUACUAACGACCAUCCUGAAGAAGUUGAAGGCCGUAUCCAAACAGUGCUGGUUCAUCUGGAGCUGGCUGCCCAGCUGCUGGAUCUGACGCUUACCUGGACACGUGGGACAAGGAAAAACAGGGUGAGGCUAAAACAAAUUGAUAGUUAUAUCAUGCUGUAGAUAGAAAUAGAUUAACUUGUCCGAUUUUCUGCGUGUUAAUCCUGUGAUUGUGUUUACUUGAUUGUUGGAAGUAAUCUCAACCUUGUGUUCCAUAUUUUAUCAGAAUGACUGCUUGCUUUGAGUUCCAGAGUCAGUAGAAGAACCUGUUUAUUCCAUAUACUUUAUGGCCAGUAGUUCUGAACACUACAAACACACUCUGACAGAAACUGGUUCACCCAAGAAACUGGAGAUCAAAGUAUAAGGCAAGAAACAGUAUAGUAUAUCUGUAUAAAGUGGUUCUAAGUGCUCCCUACACAAGACGAUGGCCCAGCAUAGGACCAGCAAAGCCUCAGGUCCAGUAUGAGCAGUGUAAUGCCGUUAAAUCCCAGUCCCUCAACUCGGGUAGAGGCAUCAGACACGUCAGGUGGCCCUUACAUAGCAUAUUAAAAAUGUAAAUGGAGGGAUUUUCCAAACCUAUCAAAGUCUAAAUCUUUAUCUUAUUUCCUGUUUUAUAAUAUUAGUAUGAUGGACUGUACUCAUCACACCAUGUAUGUAUGUAUGUAUGUAUGUAUGUAUGUAUGUAUGUAGUGUAUAAAAUUAAACUUAAAUGUCAGAACCUGAA